GGUCAUGUUCGUUGUGUAUGUUGGACGUUCGAGUCGAUCACCAACCAGGACAAAAAUUCAGCUACAACUUUCCAAGUCGUGUAAAAAACAAGAGUGGCGUCUAAAAACUACUGCAUAUGCUGCAAACAAAAACUGAAAACAUUUAAUUCACUCUACUAUAUUUAAAGUUGUGGGGUUUAACUUGUUACUUACCUUAAUUGGAAAUAUAAAAUCACUGAGUGAAAAGUGUGUCAAAAAGGAAAGAGCUACAAAACGAAAAAGAAUACUAAUAUAAUAAUGAAUAUUCGGGCGCAAUUGUGAAUAUAUGUGGGGAUCCGUUUCUAACUCCCUGAUUAAUACGGCGCGAAAACAGAGAGCAACAUCCGAACGCGAGCGUGUUCGCUCGACCUGCUCGAGGUUCCAGAGGAUACUAAUUGAUUACGAUGUCGGCUGCUUUGAGUCCUUUGCAUUGCGAUCUAAGGUCAUAUUCAAGGCUUUGGCUCGGUGAGUUCAUUGAACUUUAUCAACAGGAAGAAUGUUUAUGGCAUCCAAAGCAUCCAGAUUACAGCAAUCACAGUGUACGUAAUAAGGCCUAUGAUCGUUUGGUAGAAAAGCUUAAGGAAGUUGAACCGAAUCCAGACCGUGCGAUGGUUGUGCGCAAAAUCAACUCACUACGUUCUGCAUUCAGACGGGAAUUUCGAAAAUCAAGUUCAAAGAACAACUAUGAAACGAGAUUGUGGUACUAUGACAAACUACUUUUCAUCGCCGAACAGAAUCCCAAACGUCUUGCAGCUUUGCGUGAUGCCAAACAACCUAAACGACCGUUAGCAAUAAGUUUCGAUGUAGACGACUCUAUGGAGUUUGAAGAGGAACCUGUUGUGGAAGCUACUACAGUAUCACCAUCAGAGAGUAUCAACCACAAUCAAGCAACUGAAAUCAAAACUGUAACUGUAACAGCGGGUGAAUGUGUCAUUGUGAAAGAUGAAGAACAGCACCAACAGCAGCAUCAAAAUCAAAUUCAACAUCAGCUACAGCAUCAACACCAACACGAAUUACAGCAACAGCAACAUAGUGCCGAACAACACAUGCAACAUGCAACAACCACAACGCAACCGCAGCACGCAACUGAAGUCAAAGUUUUGGAAAUAACAUCUCUCGACACAAAUUCGCAGCGAGAAAUACAACAGGCUGUCAAUUCUCUGGAACAACACCAGCAACAUAUUCAACAUCAGUUGCACCAACAGCAACAUCAACAACAACAGAAUCAGGCUGGUUCAGCUCAAAUCGCACAAAUUCAUCAGCAAGUUCCAACCAUACAAAUUGCACGUGAACACCUGCAACCGUUGUUCGGUAACUCGUAUGCAACGACUACAACUCACCGACAGGAGGAUGAAUACGACGCUAUCGGUAUAAAUGUGGCAUCCAAAUUGCGAGUAAUGAAUCCAACUCAACGAAUUAUUGCCGAGAAAUUGAUUAGUGACGUGCUAUUCAAUGGGCAGUUAGAUAAUCUCAGCGUCUCUUCAACUUUGACUCAGUGAAAAUAUGUCUUUGUAAAACAGCAAAUUUUGUGCAGGUAAUAAUUUUCUAUCUAAGUUAUUAGCAUUUUAUAGCAGUAAGCAAAUAGUUAUAUAAGUUCUAAUUGUAUGAUAUAAAUACUAAAAUUUAAGAAGUUUUUUCUAAAAUUUAGCUGGGGUAUAUAAAUACAUAUUAUAUACAGCAUUAGAUAUUAUGUUUAGCUUACAAAAUAUAUUUAGCCGGUACAUUUAGUACCAUCCUUUUUAUUCUGUUUGUAGUUUGUUUGAAAAGAUAAUACGACGAUUCAAUUAUAGCUACAAACAUAAAAACUGUUUAUACUUUUCAAUUGUGUAAAUAUAUGUGAGUAAUCUCAUCCAAAUUUGGCAGAAAGAACUCGCUGAAUAUUAUUAAAAAUAAAGUUAUUUUACUGUAUAUUGA